AUGAAAUUUGUUGAUGCUUGGAUGGACAAGGAUAAUGUUAUGCUGAGUGAAACAGAUAUAAAUGAAUGUGCUGUUGACAAUGGUGGCUGUCGGGGCCAAUGCUAUAAUACAAUUGGCAGUUAUUACUGCAAAUGUCAAGCUGGCCAGACACUGGAGGAAGAUGGCAAAGGAUGUAAAGAUGUUGAUGAAUGUGUGCUGGUGAAUGGAGGCUGCCAGCAGCGCUGUAUUAACACUCUGGGCACCUUCCACUGUGAAUGUGAUACUGGAUACAGACUUCAUGCUGAUGAACGCACCUGCAUAAAGAUGGACCCUUGCACAGGUGGGAAUGGAUGUUCCCACAUCUGUCAGAUUGAAAAUGGUGUUGCCAUGUGUUCCUGCCACCCAGGGUACCAGUUGUCUGAAGAUACAAAGGCCUGCAGAGACAUAAAUGAAUGUGCAGAAGGACUUGCUCACUGUAGCCAUAAUUGUGUGAACACAGAUGGGGCUUUCAGUUGUACUUGCCACCCUAGCUUUGAGCUUGGAGCUGAUGGAAAACAGUGUUACAGAAUUGAAUUGGAAAUUGUCAACAGCUGUGAAAAGAAUAAUGGUGGUUGUUCCCAUCAUUGUGAGCACACUGUUGGUGGACCUCACUGUUUCUGUGACCAAGGAUACCAUCUUGAUUUAGAUGAGAAGACUUGCAUAGAUGUUGAUGAAUGUGAAAAUGGAGAGUCCUGCUGUACCCAGCUCUGUAUCAACUAUUUAGGAGGCUAUGAAUGUGGUUGUUCAGACGGUUUUCGACUCAGUUCUGAUGGUUGUAGAUGUGAUGAUGUGGAUGAAUGUCUGGAUAUCAGUUUAGUCUGUGAGCAGCUUUGUAUUAACUCUGUGGGAGCAUAUGACUGUUCUUGUGAAGAAGGCUACAGAAUUGGAAGUGAUGGGAAAACUUGCAUCCCUUUAGAUGAUGAUGAGUUAGAAGAAGAAGAAGAUGAAGAAGAAGAAGAGCAAUUAGAAGUUGUGAGAUUUCCACGCCUUCUAUUCAAAAGUCAACCUCAGCUGCUUUAUUAUGUGGCUGCCUCUCUGUCUCCCACCUACCAAGAUGAAGGUGAGGACAAAGAUUGA